AUGUAUCGGCAAGUAUGGGUUCACCCAGUAGAUUGCUUGCUUCAACUGAUCCAGUUUCGAAAAACUCCCAACGAGAAGCUGCAAACCUAUCGGUUGAAAACGGUGACGUACGGGACGGCACCCGCUCCAUACCUUGCCACACGCGUCCUGAACCAGUUUGCUGUAGAUGAAGCAGCAAACUACCCGCUAGUCGUUCCAAUGGUUGAAAAGUGUUUCUACGUCGACGACUAUCUCUCUGGAGACGACGACGAACAGCGUUUGGUGGAAACAAACCGCCAGUUAAUUGAUCUUCUUCACUCAGGUGGAUUCAAUAUGCGAAAAUGGUGUAGCAACAGUCCCACCGUUCUUUCUCACAUUCCCGAAACUCUUCGGGACUCUCGAACUGAACUCCAAAUCAGCCAAUCGGGUUCGGUGAAAGCUCUCGGCCUUCUUUGGCAUCCACUGUCGGAUGAAUUCAGUUUCAAUGUUCCCGAGUUUGUAUCGUCGGAACCGAUCACAAAACGUCUGGUCCUUUCGGAGAUGUCACGCCUAUUUGAUCCAAUGGGCCUAGUCGGAGCAGCAAUCGUCAGCGCAAAAAUAUUUCUGCAAGCUUUAUGGUCGGAAAAGUUUAAUUGGAACGAUACGUUACCGGAGGAGUAUCAGAAAUGGUGGAAAUUGUAUCGGUUCGAAAUCGAAACUCUUUCGAUGCUUCGAAUCCCAAGGCGAAUUCUCGUGGACAACUAUCGCACGCUCGAACUUCACGUCUUCUCUGACGCAUCAGACAGUGCCUACGGAUGCUGCAUCUACGUGAAGACUAUUUCUUCUACUGGUGAACAAGCAUGCAAGUUGGUGAUCUCGAAGUCUCGUGUGAGUCCACUUCGCAAACUAUCAACGCCUCGACUCGAGCUGUGCGCUGCAGUGGUCGGAGCACAACUGGCAGGCUUCGUACUUGAGUCAACCAAAUGGACCUGUCCUGUUACGUAUUGGACCGAUUCAUCGAUAGUGCUGCAUUGGAUUGCUUCGUCUUCGUCAACCUGGAAAGUGUUCAUGUAA